AUGGUUGGCCUACCCCAGCGCCGUGACUUCCUGUGCCUCCAGAGCGUGGUGCGUGUGGUUUUCCACGACCGGCGCCUGCAGUACACAGAGCAAGAGCAGCUGGAUGGGUGGAGAUGGAGCCGGCCAGGGGACCGCAUCCUGGACAUCGAUGUGCCACUGUCCGUGGGGCUGAUAGAACCCCAGGUGCUGCCCUCACAACUCAACACAGUGGAGUUUCAUUGGGACCCGACCAAGAGGACCUCCCUCUUCCUGCAGGUUCACUGCAUCAGCACCGAGUUCACUCCUCGGAAGAAAGGUGGGGAGAAGGGUGUCCCCUUCCGCCUCCAGAUUGACACUUUCAAGCCCAGCGACAAGGACCUUCCACCUGAGCACCUGCACUCAGCGGGGUGCCUCAUCAAGGUGUUCAAGCCCAAAGGAGCUGACCGCAAGCUGAAAACAGACCGGGCGAAGCUGGAGAAACAGCCCCUGCGGGAGAGACACCAGUACCAGGCCGCCUGUGCGAGCACGGUGUUCGCCGAGGCGGAACCUUGCGGCUUGUUUGCCCCACAGUGUUCGCCGUGGCCGGACCCCAGGGCAGGGCCCUCCUCGCCGCUCAGCCCUCUUGCUCUGACGUCUCCCCACGGCUGCAAGCCCCUGUCCCCGGGGAGGCUCUGCUCCUCCCCGCCGUUCGCCUUGGACACCUUGGGGGGCAGCCCCGCUGAGGAUCUGAACCCUGGAGCCUCCAUCCUAGAGACGCAGCAGUGGUUGCAUCGGCACCAGUUCUCCAGCUACUGCCGGGUGCUGGCCAACUUCACUGGCACUGAUCUGCUGAAGCUUACCCGCCAGGACCUUAUCCAGAUCUGCGGGGCUGCUGAUGGGAUCCGCCUUUUCAACGCUCUUAGAGCCAGGCCCAUUCGUCACCGGCGGACUUUGUAUGUGGCUCGGGAGGCCUCUAGGCAAGAGAACGAGGUUCCUAAGAACCCUGACUCAGGCUUUUAUCAAGAGAUCUUUCUAGAUGAACUCAGUGCUGUUGAGCUGAUGGGGAAACUGGCUGAGCUCUUGGCCCUCCCGGCCAAUCAGAUCCACUACCUCUUUCACCAAGGCCCUGGGGGCGUCCUAAUUCUCCUCAGUGACCAGGUGGUUCAGAAUCUUAAGGAUGAAUCAUACUUUGUGGCUGUGGUGAAAAAAGUGCAGAAUCCAGAUGGCUACUACCUGGUUCUCACCUAGGCCCAGGGACAUCCUGCUGCAAGAGUAGGAGACUGAUGCCAGCCUGGUUCUCGGGGGCCCCACGUUCACCAGAAGCCUUGCUUAAAUCCUCAGCUGCUUCAUCCGGCUCUGGGUGAAGCGGGAUGUCCUACCCCUAGAGAGGAGGGGAGCAGCCCCCAGGCUCCCAUCUCUCUGCUCAUUUGAUGGAACCUGGGCACAGCCUCCCAAGCUCAAGCUCAUGCCUGAGAGGCAUGGAACCUGCCAAUAUGGAUAAGGCGCCUUUGCCCCAAGCAGUGCUGCCUGAACACUGGGCGCAUUGAUUCACGUUUAUUUAAAAUUGUAUUCACCCUUUCCUUUCCUUAAUAUUAAUAGUUAAUUCUAAAAGGCAUAUAUAUUUAAUAUGUUGUUCAAUGCUUGUUCAAUUUCCUUGGUGUUUUGGUCCUCUUGGGGAAAUGUUUUCUCCUUACUUAAACUAUAGACUAGGGCAAAGCAUGGAGUCUGAGACAGAGGAAUAAAUAAAUCUGGAUGGAUUUUUUUUUUUUCCCAACUAGUUUGGGCAAAAACUAAUCACUAAAGCCUCUAAAAGACCAUUCAACUAUCAAAUCACUGUGCUUAUUUAAAACUUCUAGAGAUGUAGGGUACCUGGGUGGUUCAGUCAGUUAAGGGUCUGCCUUCUGCUCAGGUCAUGAUCCUGGGGUCCCUGGAUGGAGCCCAUGUCAGGCUUCCUGCUCAGCAGGGAGUCUGCUUCUCUUUCUCCCUCUGCCCCUCCCCCGGCUCUCUCUCUCUCUCUCUCUCAAAUAAAUAAAUAAAAUCUUAAAAAAAAAAUCCUGGGGCACCUGGGUGGCUCAGUCAUUAAGCGUCUGCCUUCGGCUCAGGUCAUGAUCCCAGGGUCCUGGGAUCGAGUUCCGUAUCGGGCUCCUUGCUCAGCGGGGAGCCUGCUUCUCCCUCACCCACUCCCCCUGCUUGUGUUCCCUCUCUUGCUGUGUCUCUGUCAAAUAAAUUAAUAAAAUCUUAAAAAAAAAAAAAUCCUUUUUGUUUUUUUAAAGGAAUGAAGGGAAUAGAAAACUCUUCAGGGUAGGGAAUUUUAUUUAUGAGCAGGGAGUCUG